AUGUCGUCCUCUUCAUCAUCUCGCUUUAAUCAAAUGAGCUGUAGAAAGAUUAGUCUUAACACCGAUAAUCUUGCUAGCCAGCAGAGUUUCCCUGGACGUCAUUUACGUCGAAUUAGAGAACCGGUUUACGUUAGGAAAUAUUCUGAUCGAAUUUUCACUCAUACCCGACUUAGUGGAAUAAAAUCAUCUCUACCAGAAUAUGGUGAGGAAUCUCAAUCAGUGACUGGAUCGGCCGGAAGUCAAGGAGAUGACUUGGCGGAAGUUGAUUUUUCAGACGUGCAUUCCAGUCGUCUGGCUCUCAAUCCUACUCCACAUCGUCGCACUUCAUUCCUCUAUCGGGCUGACUCCAGCGAGGCAGGAUCUCCAUACAGUUCUAGACGUCCAUCAGUUUCGUGUGGAGGUUCGGUGAAUCUGUAA